CCACGACUAUACCAAAUCUCGUAAGCGCAUAAGUCUUGAACCCGCGUAUGAAGCCGCUGUAUCAUACCCAAUUGUCCCAGACCGAGCCUUUGAACUCUCCUAUUCUACCUCUUUGCUAAGACGACUGCCACUCGGGGACAUUGACCCGCUGCAAUAGGAGGACAACAGGCAGGAAGAGUUCUUUAUAGUCUAGGAGAGUACUAGAAACUUCCAAAGGAAGCCUAUUAUUCCAAUCUUCUACUCUGUUACAUUCACUUAUUUCUUCUCUCCUUGAAAAGAUGGACCCUGGAUCGAAUGAUCACUACGAGUACGACCUGGGCUCAUUCCACCGUACGAUUACUACAUCCAGCGCUUCAACCCAGAUCUGGUUUGACCGAGGAAUCAUUUGGAGUUAUGCAUUUCAUCAUGAAGAAGCAACGGAAUGUUUUGAGAGAGCAAUCGCAACAGAUCCUAACUGUGCUAUGGCACAUUGGGGGCUCGCAUAUGCCCUAGGACCGAAUUACAACAAACCAUGGGAUCUCUUCGACGAGAAAGAGUUGAAUGCAACUUUAAGUCGGAUCAAGCAGGCGAAUGAACAGGCUGUAAUUUGUGCGCCCAAAUCGACGCUAAUAGAGCAAGCCAUCGUCGAUGCAAUACAAUCCCGAGUACCCCAGGAUCUAUCCGAGGCUGCUUUUCGCGCUUGCAACGAAGCCUACGCCGCUGCAAUGAAAACUGUAUAUCAGAAGUACCCGAAAGACCUCGAUAUUAUAACCCUCUAUGCGGACUCCCUUAUGAAUCUCGCAGCAUGGGACUUAUGGGAUCUUCGUACGGGAGAACCUAACCCUGGCGCACGCUCAUUGGAAGCCAAAGAGAUCCUCGAGGGAGCACUUCUUCUCGACAAUGCUUACGGCCACCCAGGGCUCUUGCAUAUGUACAUCCAUCUGAUGGAGAUGUCUAAAACUCCCGAAGUCGCCGUGGUUGCCGCAGAUCAUCUUCGUACAUUAGCUCCGGAUGCGGGACAUCUUGUACAUAUGCCUUCCCAUCUAGAUAUCCUCAUUGGAGAUUAUCGGCGAGCAAUUGCGUCCAACGCGGAUGCAUGCCUUGCAGACGAGAAGUACCUUAGCCGGGCAGGAGGAAACAAUUUCUACACAUUUUAUCGGCUUCACGAUUAUCAUUCUGGGGUAUACGCAGCUAUGUUUGCAGGGCAAUCGGUAGUUGCAUUAGAUAUAUGCCGCCGAAUGGAAGCGUCACUCCCCGAGUCACUACUCCGGAUUGAGUCGCCGCCAAUGGCAGAUUGGCUAGAGAGUUGGGCAUCUGUUCGGGUUCACGUCUUGGUCCGUUUCGGGCGUUGGGAGGAGAUACUUGAGCUCAAGAUGCCAGAAGAUCGACAGCUGUAUUGCGUUACAACUGCAGUCUUGCACUAUGGGAAAGGUAUUGCCCAUGCCGUGUUGGGAAAUGUGGAGGAGGCGUCGAAACAACGUGAACUUCUACAUGCCGCGGUUCUGCGGGUGCCUGAGACGCGUAUAGCGCACGAUUUCCCAAACAAGUGCACAAUCGUCCUUCAAGUUGCAAAAGCAAUGCUAGAGGGGGAAUUAGAGUACCGAAAAGGAAACUACGAAUUAGCUUUUCAGCACCUCCGCAAAUCGAUCGAACUCGACGACAACCUUGUUUACGCUGAGCCAUGGCCUUGGAUGCAACCCACACGGCAUGCAUAUGGUGCACUACUGUUGGAGCAGGGUCAUAUCGAACAGGCCAUGGGAGUGUACGCUGCAGAUCUUGGGUUCGACGACACGUUGCCCAGAGCUCGCCAUCACCCAAACAAUGUUUGGGCGCUACAUGGUUACAAUGAAUGCCUCGUCAAGUUGGGACGUACGGAAGAGGCCAAUAUCAUUCAACAGCAACUAAAAUUAGCUCAAAGCGUAGCAGAUGUUAGGGUAAGCACAUCUUGCUAUUGCCGACGGACAGGAUUAGAAUGCUGUACCAAAGCGUGUUGAUGGAUAAUUAUCUGAAACAUCUACGAGUCUUACCCAUGGCCGGAACUACUCCGCGCU